AUGUCAACACAAGAACAAGUUCAGCGCCUCUGGAGACAGGCAGAUGCAGUGUGUUUUGAUGUGGACUCGACAGUGUGUACAGAUGAAGGCAUCGAUGAAUUAGCCGAGUUUUGUGGAGUGGGACCACAAGUUGCAGCAUUCACAGUGAAGGCUAUGGGGGGUGGGUUGACCUUUCGUGAAGCUUUGACACAGAGACUUGGAAUCAUGCAGCCUACACGCCAGCAAGUGGAGAAGUUUAUAGCAACACAUUCUCCUAGACUCAGCCCUGGAAUUAAAGAGCUUAUCAAAGAGCUGAAAGCAAAGAACAAAAUGGUGUUUCUAGUCUCGGGUGGGUUUCGCAGCAUCAUUGCCCCUGUAGCAAAUGAACUUGGUAUACCACAGGAACAUGUAUUUGCAAAUCGGCUGCUUUUUAAUGAAGAUGGCAGCUUUGCCGGGUUUGACACAGAUGAGCUGACGUCAGAGACAGGUGGAAAACCCAAGGUGGUUCAGCUGAUUAAAGACAAGUAUUCCUUGAAGACUUUGGUCUUUGUUGGCGAUGGAGUCACCGACAUGGAGGCUUGCCCUCCUGCAGAUGCAUUUAUAGGAUAUGGAGGCAAUGUUGUGAGGAACAAAGUGAAAGAGGAAUCAGCCUGGUACAUCACCGACUUCAAGCAGUUGACAGAUGAAUUAGCUGACACUGUGGAGUUAUGA